AUGGCUUCUUAUCCCGAGAAGAGUAUCGAUGCUCAGCAUGACGAGACUAUUAACCCUGAAGCUCUUGCUUCAGAGGCAAAAGUCGCCGCGGAAGCUGAGCAUCAUAUGACUCUCUGGGAAGCUAUCAAGACUUAUCCCAAGGCUAUUGGAUGGUCUGUUCUUUUGUCGACAACUCUUAUCAUGGAAGGCUAUGAUCUUGCUUUACUUGGCAAUUUGUACGCUUCUCCUGUGUUUAAUGAGAAGUUUGGGACUUGGAAUGCUGAGAAGGAGAAAUAUGCUGUUUCUCCUGCUUGGCAAUCUGGUUUGUCCAACGGUGCCCGCGCCGGCGAGAUCAUUGGUCUCAUCAUUGCUGGUUGGACAUCUGACAGAUACGGCUACAAGAUGACCACCGUCGGCUCUCUCGUUCUCAUGAUCGCCUUUGUCUUUGUUCUCUUCUUCGCUCCCAACGUCAAGAUUCUCGUCCUGGGAGAAGUCCUCUGCGGUAAAUAUCAUAUCAUACCACCAUCUGUGCCAUUCGCUAAUGUAACUAUACAAGGUAUCCCAUGGGGCGCGUUCCAAAGCGUUACUCCUGCAUAUGCAUCCGAAGUAGCACCGGUUGUUCUGCGACCUUACCUCACGACUUUCAUCAACAUGUGCUGGGUCAUUGGUCAGUUCUUUGCAGCUGCUGUGAACAAAGGUUCCGUUGGUCGUGGUGAUGAGUGGGCUUAUCGCAUUCCUUUUGGUGUGCAGUGGGUUUGGCCUGUGCCUAUCCUGGCAGGUGUUAUUUUUGCUCCGGAAUCACCUUGGUGGUAUGUUAGGAAGGGUAACCGAGCUGCAGCCAAGAAGUCGCUUCUGAGACUUACUUCGCCCCAACAACCCAACUUUAACGCCGACGAGACGAUUGCGAUGAUUGAACAUACGAAUGAGAUGGAGAAGAACUUGAAGGAGGGAACGACCUAUAGAGACUGCUUCAAGGGUGUUGAUCUUCGCCGAACUGAGAUUGUUGUUGGUAUCUGGCUUGUGCAGACUCUUGGUGGACAGAACCUUAUGGGUUACUUCUCAUACUUCCUCACGCAAGCCGGUAUGGACGCCAGCAACUCAUUCUCUCUAUCUAUGGGCCAAUAUGCCCUUGGAAUGGUUGGCACCAUGGGCUCUUGGUUCUUGAUGUCCAGGGUUGGCCGACGAACCAUUCACUUCUCAGGUCUCUGCACACAACUCCUCAUUCUCAUCAUCGUCGGCUCCCUCUCCUUCUCCAAAGACAACUCUUCAGUCUGGGCUAUCGGAGGCAUGCUUAUUCUCUUCACAUUCGUCUACGACUUCACUGUUGGUCCCGUCACCUACUCCCUCAUCUCCGAACUUUCAUCAACCCGACUCAAGGCUAAGACAAUCGUCAUGGCCCGCGCCGCUUACAAUGCUAGCAACAUCUUUGUCAACGUCAUGACAAACUAUCAGCUAUCAUCAUCUGCGUGGAACUGGGGAGCUCGCACCGCCUACUUCUGGGCCGGAACCUGUCUUCUCUCCGCUAUUUGGGUGUUCUUCAGACUUCCCGAGCCUAAGGGUCGUACUUAUGCUGAGUUGGAUGUUCUCUUUGAGAAGAAGGUUCCUGCGAGGAAGUUUGCCAAGACUCAGAUCGAUCCUUAUUCGCACUCCGUUACUUCUGACAAGAAGUUGAAUGAGAAGGAGUUGCAGUAA